GCCCACAACGCAAAAAUUUGCUCAAUAUUGUUUAUAAGCAGUACUGCACAAAGCAACGCGUUAACGAAUCAUAUCGAAAAUUGAAAAAUGCGUUUAAAAAGUUACAUGACGACUAUUUGGAUAUAAAGGGGCGAAAUAUUUUCAGCAAAUAUAUGAAAAUGCAACAAAUGAUCUGCAAGGUGAUAAACCUCGACAAACAAUAUUGGCAGUUAAUUAAUGUACCUGCACCGGAACCAUCACAAUCAACCAAAGAUUAUGUAACGCGUGCAAUGGAGCUAGUAAAUGUGACACAACUGGAACAAAUUCGACCAUCGGGUAUUACUGCUUUAUUAGGAAUAAUAAAAAUUGUAGAAAAUGUUGCAGAAGCAAUUAUUUCAAAACGAAAAGAUGUGUGA